UAAAAGAAAGUUUUCGCAACGUAAACAUCAAGAGUGGCAAAGAAAAACUUCAAAAGAUAAGGCACGAUGCAGCAAUAACAAAAAAAGCAUUAUAAGAAAAUGGCAAGAACGGAUAUUGAAGUGAUACAGAUGGAAGUACCAAGGGAUGAUGGCCAUCAAGUGUACGUUCCAUCUAUCAUCUGGAACAAGUUGCAGGAAGAGUUAGAGCAUGAACUUGACCAAAGAUUUUCAACAUUUGGCCUUGUCUACCGAAUUUCAGUUUUCAAGAGCAAUUUUUCUACAGAAGAAGUUGUUGGCAUGGAGUGGUAUGCCUAUGUAAUUUUCUAUUCUGUCAGUGGAGCCAAAAAUGCCUUAAAACAGAGUGGCAAAAUAAAGGUAGGAGAGACAGAAAUACAGAUCAGAAAAAAACACCAUUACAGACCUCACACCAAGCGAGAGCUGCCUCUCUACAAAGCCCAAGAAUUGCUCACUUUUUACUUUGGCUUCAAUUGUUGGUCUUCUGAAGUGGUGUAUAUGGAAAGAGAACCAGAGGGAGAGUCACCCGAUCACUUUAGAUAUGCAUGUAUGGUGCGAGUCAAGAUGCCAAAAGAGAAUCUUUGUAGUGAAGGGCUGGGCGUCGCAGAAGUACCCUUCUCUCCCACUGCUCCUUCAUCUAGAGGGAUUGCUCAUAUGACUGCCAGACGAUUUGCCUACCAGUCUGCAAUGAAGACAGCCUUUUCCAAGUUCGUUAUCAUUAUACUAGGAAAUGGUAAAAUUACUGUUGAGGUAGACACAACACAGGAAGAUAUUUAUGUCUAUGACCCUGCAUGGGAUAAUCCUGUUGUAAAGGUCAAUGAAAUCAACUAUGAUCCAGAAGCUGAGGAAGAGUGCGAAGACUUAGAUGACAUUACUGAAGAGGAAUUGAAUGCUCUCCUUGAUGCUCCCUUGUUAUAAUUUUAUUCUGAAUAUGUUAAGGGCUUUUAAUUUCAAAAUCUUUUUCGUUCUUUUACAUUUUUUAAAAGUGAUUAUUUUGAUUAAUUUUAUUAUUUGCCACUUUUAAGUUUCUCUGACAGCCUAAUGGGGAAAAAUCUGUAAAGAGAUGAGUGAUUUCAUAAAGAAUAUGUCUAAGCUAGGAAUUGUAAAGUACAAACUAUUACACCUGGUACAAAUAUUUUUCUUUUCAUUUCACUGUGCAGUUUCCAAGCUAGAUGUUAAUUUUUAAAUUAUUUUUGGAUUGGUGGCAAUGAAUAUGAAUGAAUAUUCCCUUGUAUACCUUUUACUGUAGUUUGGAGUGUGUUUGAUAUUUAUUAUACUUGUAUAUAUUUUAAUAAAGAAAUAUUUUACUCA